GAAGUUGCUGCUGGGCAAGCUUGGUGGCUGUCGCCAUGGGCAAGCGCGGGAACCGGAGCCAACUGCUCAGUACUCUUACGAAAAAGCAGAAGAAGCAUCUCCGGGACUUCGGGGAGGAGCACCCCUUCUAUGACAGGUGCGGGGAACUCGGCGCGCUUCUGGCUCCUAGUCGGCGGCGUCCCUCAAAGGGGCUACAGCUCGGGCUGGACGCUGGUGGUUUCUGGAAAGGAAGCAAAACCACAGAUUUGCCAACUGUCAGAAAGUUCAGAUACUUCAAAUUCUGAAAGUGAAUCAGAGAAUGAGCCAGAGCAAGUUUCUGGGUACCACAAACUCCUUGCUACAUUAAAGAAUGCUUCUGAAGAAGAGGAGGAAGAGGAGGAAGAGGAAGAGGACAGUGUGGAUGAUGCAGAAGUGAAUGAAGAAGAUGUCAGUAGUGACGUCAGUGUGGAAGAAGAGACAGCAGCAGAGUCAGCAGACGUGCAGCAUGAUGCGGCCUCAUCUGGUGACCCUGAGGGAAACGAUGGAGAAGAGUGUCCAGCUGGAUCAUCGCAGAAGUCCCCAGCUGAGUUCAUAGAUGCAAAGCACGAGUCGCUCUUCAGCCUGGAGUCUAAUUUUCUUGAGGAGGAGGGUGGAGCCGGCUCCUCUCUGAAGGUGUCACAAGAUCCAUUUGUACUGCAUGUGAACAAAGAACUGAAAGAAAAAGAGAUUCAGGUGCUUCCAGCAAGCCCCAAAACGACUCAUCAGCUAAAAUGGCCUGUCAUGGGCCAGGUUGUCUUUUCAUCCAGGUUUCAGGAGGUGGAAACAUUUAAACCUCCAAAAGAUAUUGACCUGAAGUCACUUCAUCUUCACAAGCCACUGGACUCCACCUGGAGUAAGACCAACAGCCAGUUUUUGUCUGGUCCCCCAAAAUCAAACAGCCCUUUCACCCCACUCCAGAAAGAGCUCUUCUUAGUUAUGAAUUCCUACCGGGACCUGUUCUACCCUGAAAGGACUGCCCUGAGGAACGGGGAGGAGGUCCGCUGCGUGUACUGCCUGCAUGUGCUCAACCAUGUGCUCAAGGCCAACGCCCAGGUGCUCAGCAACAACAGCCUGCGCCGAGGCCAAAAGCCUGGGCUGUGCGAUGACGACGGCUUCAGGGACCAGGGGCUGACGAGGCCCAAGGUACUGAUAGUGGUGCCGUUCCGGGAGGCUGCUCUGCGUGUGGUACAGCUCUUCAUCAGCCUCCUGGAAGGUGACAGCAAGAAAAAAAUCAUUGUGAGCAACAAGAAGAGAUUUCAGAGUGAAUACGGGUCGGAUCCCGAGGAGAGACCACCCAACCUGAAGAGGCCUGAGGACUAUGAGGCUGUGUUCGUGGGUAACAUUGAUGACCACUUCAGGAUCGGUGUGGCCAUUCUGCAGAGGAGCAUCCGGCUCUACGCCCCCUUCUACUCCUCCGACAUCCUCAUUGCCUCCCCUCUGGGCUUGAGGACCAUCAUCGGUGGAGAAGGAGAGAAGAAGAGAGACUUCGACUUUCUGUCUUCUAUUGAGCUGCUCAUCAUCGAUCAAGCUGACAUUUACCUGAUGCAGAAUUGGGAGCAUGUCCUGCAUCUGAUGAACCAUAUGAACCUGUUGCCCCUGGAUUCACAUGGAGUUGAUUUUUCUCGAGUACGGAUGUGGAGCCUCAAUAAUUGGACCAAGUACUACCGCCAGACACUGCUGUUUGGGGCCCUGCAGGAUGCCCAGAUCAACUCAGUGUUCAACAAGUACUGCGUCAACCUACAGGGCCAGGUGGCCGUGCGCAAUGUCCCCAGGACAGGCUCCAUCAGUCAGGUGCUGGUGCAGCUUCCACACGUCUUCCAGAGGAUGGGCGCCGAGAGCCUGGCCGCAGUGAUUGACAGCAGGUUUAACUUCUUCAUAAACAAGAUUUUGCCUCAGUACCGAGAUGCCGUCAUGUCCCACACUCUUAUCUAUGUCCCGUCCUACUUUGACUACGUGCGUCUGCGAAAUUACUUCAAGAAAGAGGAGUUGAACUUCACCCACAUCUGCGAGUACACCCAGAAGUCUGCUGUCUCCAGGGCCAGACACUUCUUCCUCCGGGGAGAGAAGCAGUUUCUGCUCCUCACAGAGCGCUUCCACUUCUACAAGAGGUACACGAUCAAGGGCAUCCGGAAUGUGAUCUUCUAUGAGCUGCCCACGUACCCUCACUUCUACAGUGACAUCUGUAACAUGCUGCGGGCCACCAGCAGGGGAGAAGAAGCCACGUGGACCUGCACUGUUCUCUAUGCCAAGUAUGAUGCCCAGCGCUUGGCAGCUGUGGUAGGCGCGGAGCGGGCCGCGCAGAUGCUACAGUCCAAGAGGAAUGUGCACCUCUUUGUCACGGGAGAGCAGUAAGGUCGUGAUCAGGGCUGCCACUGGGUGCACAGUGGGCCAAUUCCCCACCCCCGCUGGGAUCAGGCUGAGGGAAGGGGCAGCACUGGUCCUCUCGGCCUCAUGUCCCUGAGAUUGUAUGUAAGCCAGGCUCUGUGGAGUAGGGACUGUCAAGUCAGGAGGAGCCUAGAAGGACUGAAAAUUCAUAAAUUGAAACUUCUACUUGCGAAUCUUUGUAAGCCUUGUUAAUGUACUUCUAAUUUAUUACACUUGGUAGAUUCUUUCA